UCCUCUCGCCGGCAGUCGCGAUUGAACGUUCAUUGUCGACGACAGUUUCAAAGGUUUUAGGUGUGUAGUUCUGUUCACAAUGGUUCGAGACAGGAACAUGGAAAAACUUCAAGAUCUUGCAAAUAAAUUGCGUAUCGAUUGCGUGCAAGCAACUGAAGCAUCAAAAAGCGGGCAUCCCACAUCAUGUGCGUCUAUGGCCGAAAUUAUGUCCGUUCUUUUCUUCCAUACAAUGCGUUUUAAGGUAUCAGCACCACGUGAUCCGAACAGUGAUAGAUUUGUCCUUAGCAAAGGUCACGCGGCUCCAAUUCUUUACGCAGCAUGGGCGGAAGCAGGCUUGUUCCCAACCAGCGAGUUAUUGAAUUUAAGAAAAAUCGACAGCGAUCUGGAAGGACAUCCUACCCCGAGGCUCAAUUUUGUAGACGUAGGAACCGGUUCAUUAGGACAAGGUCUCUCAGUUGCAGCAGGAAUGGCUUAUGUUGGAAAGAAUUACGAUAAAGCCAGUUACCGUGUUUAUUGUUUAAUUGGCGACGGAGAAGCGGCCGAAGGUUCUAUCUGGGAAGCCCUCCAUUUUUCAUCCUAUUACAAAUUAGACAAUCUCUGUGCUAUCUUUGACAUCAAUCGUCUUGGACAAAGCGAGCCUACUUCGCUGCAACAUAAUAUGGAAGUUUACCGUAAAAGAUUAGAGGCCUUUGGUUUCAAUGCUUUAGUCGUGGAUGGUCAUGAUGUAGAAGAAUUAGCGAAGGCUUUCCAUGAAGCGCAAAAUACAAAAGGACGUCCCACUGCCAUCUUAGCUAAGACUUUUAAGGGUAAAAAUUUCCCUGAAAUUGAAGAUCUGGAAAACUGGCAUGGCAAGCCUUUGGGUAACAAGGCAGCUGAAGUUAUUCAGCAUUUGAAUGGACUUUUGAAAAACUCUGGACCUCUUGGCCUACAUCCACAAAAGCCACUUGUAGAUGAUGCUCCCAUUGUAGAUAUCAGCAACGUUGCGUUGGCUUCACCUCCAAAUUACAAAAUAGGCCAACAAGUAGCUACUAGGUUGGCUUAUGGUACAGCUCUUGCAAAGCUAGCACAAAAUAAUCCUCGUGUCAUAGCUUUGGAUGGUGAUACAAAGAAUUCCACUUAUGCCGAGAAGAUAAAAGCGGUUGACCCAGCUAGAUUUAUCGAAGGAUUUAUUGCCGAACAGAAUGUUGUGGGUGUUGCCGUCGGUGCUGCUUGCAGAGAUCGUACCGUCGCGUUUGUAUCCGCUUUUGCGACAUUCUUCACGCGUGCCUUUGAUCAGAUUCGCAUGGGUGCGAUAUCUCAGACGAAUAUAAACUUUGUCGGUUCGCAUUGCGGCGUGUCUAUCGGUGAGGACGGACCCUCGCAGAUGGGCUUGGAGGACAUCGCAAUGUUCCGCGCAAUCCCGGGUUCUACCAUCUUUUACCCGAGCGAUGCCGUAUCGACGGAGCGUGCCGUCGAAUUGGCGGCCAACACCAAGGGCAUUUGCUUCAUUCGCACUUCUCGUCCGGCCACGACCAUUUUGUACAAGAACGAUGAGCCACUGGCCAUCGGUAAAGCCAAAGUAGUCAGAUCUUCAGCUAAGGAUAAAGUGCUCGUGAUCGGCGCCGGUGUAACGUUGCACGAGGCAAUCAAGUCUGCCGACGACUUAGCCAAGGUUGGACUCAACAUCCGCGUAAUCGAUCUGUUCACGGUUAAACCCAUCGAUGCACAAACUAUUAUAAAGAACGCCAAAGAAGUCGGCGGGCGGAUCAUCACUGUUGAAGAUCAUUACGCGGAAGGAGGUUUGGGAGAGGCAGUUCAAUCCGCGGUUGCUAUGGAAAGAGACAUAAUAGUAAAGAAACUGGCGGUAUCUGAAGUACCACGUUCCGGUCCGCCAACGGUAUUGCUCGAGAAAUAUGGCAUCAGUGCUCGUAAUAUUAGUACGGCAGUGGAAGAAAUUAUGAAAUAUUAAUUUCACGGCUGCAGAUCGCUGGUUAGAUCGAGAAGCUACAUAUAAAUAUUCCAUUUUUUCCAAAGCACAAAUUUUGAUGGAUACAUAACAAAACAUUCCAUCUCUUUAAAAAUAUUUACACAACGAUUGAAACUGGUGUAAUUUUGGUAGAGUUAAAUUUCUGAUGAUCCAGACAUGGGAGAAUAGUUUGCAGCAUUGAAAUCUGAAUCUAACAGAAAUAAAUUUCAAACGCUGCUCUAAAAUAACUAAUGUACAUUGAGUGUACACAUAAUCAGGAAAAGCAUUUAUUUCUAAGCAGUGGUAUAAUACAUAGUCUGUUAAUUAAAAGGAAACAUCUUUAUAUAAAUAUAUAUUUACGAUUUAUAUAAAACGGCAAAUUUGUAAACACGUUUGUAUAUUUUUCUAACAGGAAAGUUCAUUCCUUAAUAAAAUUUUAUUUUUUGAUGUUGCAUAUACUAAAAAUACUUUUACGUUUAUUACAAGGCACAAGAAUAAAAUAUUAAAAUAUUUUUGGAAUUUUAUAGAACAUCAAAGUGAAAAUAGAACUAUUAU